ACGUCAUCUCCCAGAAUGCGCCGGGUCAGGUACUUCCGGUUUCAACCAGGUCGAGCAGGAAGUGAGUGUUGUGUUAAAAUUAAACGAAACCUCUGCGCAUCUGCUUCAACCUACUGGCGGCUCUUCGGACAAACACACGAAAGCACAACAAACGAGACAAACCUGAAGAUGCAGUCAUGUGACGGGCAGCAAAGCCAACGUGUGUGUUGACCACGGUUGACUCCCCUCAAGCCGGUAGCCGCCAGCGCCGCCAUGGACAGCCGAUGCAGCAGCAGCGCCGACUCUCGUGCGACGGGGGUUUACGGGGCCAGGAGCUCCACACCGCUGCAGGCCCGCGUGGACUCGUACGAGGAGGAGAAGAAGAAGUGUAUCUCUGACGUCCGGCGUACAUUUUGCCUCUUUGUCACAUUUGAUCUCCUGUUUGUCACCUUGCUGUGGAUCAUCGAGCUCAACGUGAAUGGCGGCCUUCCCCAGCAGCUGAACCAGGAAGUGGUCCACUACAACUACCACCGUUCCUUCCUCGACAUCUUUCUUCUGGCCGUUUUCCGAUUCGCCGUCCUCAUUUUGGCCUACGCCGUCUGCAGGCUGAGACACUGGUGGGCGGUUGCUAUCACCACUUCAGUCAGCUGUGCCUUCCUCAUCGUCAAAGUGAUUUUAUCGAAACUGCUGUCGCAGGGUGCUUUUGGAUACCUGCUGCCCAUAGUCUCCUUCGUGCUCGCUUGGAUUGAAACCUGGCUUCUAGACUUCAAGGUCCUUCCUCAAGAGCUCGACGAUGAAAACCGGUACCGGUUCCUGCCGGACGCUUCCGCCACAGAGCGGGCUCCUCUCAUCAGUCAAGGCCCCAUGUCCGACGGACAGUUCUACUCGCCGCCUGAGUCGGUGGCAGACACGGACGAGGACCCGGAUGACAAACAGGGACUCUUGUGAAGGCUCGGGUAACACCAACGCAUGCUGGGAACUAAAAAGGGAAACCGCCGUGAUAUUUUUGUUGUUGGUGGUGGUAUCACUAUGCCCAAACAGGAGGUUCUGUGUACCUGCUUUGAACGGAAAAAAACUUUGCCUUAUGCCUGCACAGACACGCACGCACGCUGAAUCAAAGUGUUCUUCGUAAAGGGAAAUUAACUUUUGCAUGAAGAAGUGAAAACACUCUUGGCCAGUAGGACGCUGUAGUCACGGUCCUAAGACAAACGGUGAACAAAUGUCCCUGAAAACUGACGGCUUUCAAAAUAAAAGCCUGCCUGAGUCAA